AUGAUCGGACAAGCCGUCCUCCCUGCCGACGUCUCUGUCUCUCUCUUCACAUACACUGACCCACACCCACACACACACACACGCACACAGCUGUCCUUUUUGAGGUCAGGUCAGUUAUGCUCCCUACGCGAUAAGAGAACAGGUCGUACACCUGGUUGUCAAGUGGGCAUGAAACUUGUCGUCCCUCGGGUGUCCAACCGAGCCCUCAAGCUACGAAAAAACAUUAAACCUCCAAAAGGGGCCUCUUCAGAUCCACCGGCCUGCCUGAGCAGGCAGGACCCCCGAGGAGCCUGUCCUCACAACUGGUACAGACUGGCGCGCCAUCCGGUACCCACCAAAUUGACGCUCAAUCAGCCUUCACCACCACCACCACAACCCUACAUGCAGGCAUGCACGUCCGGCCACAUGCAUCUACAGCUGGUCGUCAAUCCGUCGGCCUGUCAACCCAACAAACUAUUCCUCUUUACUGCCCAUCCAACAGAUUUUGAGGCCAUUGCAUCGUCACCAAUGCUUGCAAUUCUCUUCGACAAAACGGAAUAUUUAAUCAAAACCGUUAUUUCUAACCGUCACUUCCACGUCAUUGCACCUGUUCGGCUUUUCCCACUGCUGGCAGUAGUCACGACGACGAAUGCAUCCAGCACCUUCAUUCCGUCCCAGCCGGCGUCAGCCGGGUCCUGCCAAUUUCGAUGGUUUAUACGCCGUCGUUAUUUUCAUCUGCCGUCGGGGCACCGAGGCCUGUUUGGCUUGGGCUCGCCCGAUCCCGGUACAGAAGGCCACUUUUCCCGACCCGCAAGUCGGACUGCUCCGCCUUCACCCCCGUCCGCCUCGUCCCUUCGGCCGCUGCCACUUGCGUUUGAAGUAGGCACCAUCCGUUCCGCCGACCCUUUGAACAUGCCUCGCCUCAACUCGAAACCUGUUGCUGACGCUUCUGCCGUCCAAAUGAAAUGUCUCACGCUCACUUGUGCAGCCAAAGUAUAUGCCCAUCCUGGCCUGUCCUGGUAG